GGUAGAUCUGAGGGUCCUCCGGGAAGAUUCUGAUUGUUCAGCUUUUGAUGGACACAUCCUUGGGUUUCUGCGGCUGGCUCUAAGGAGCCAGGCUGGGCAGGGCCAAACACAAUCCAGACAUUGUGAGUGGGAGCAGAGUCUAGACUGCAGCAUGGAGGCACAGAGCAGCGGACCUGGGGUUCAGAGGCAAAGGCCCUCCAAGGUGAGCUCCAAGCUGCCUAUAGGGUCACACUGGCCAGUCCUAGGCCUGGCACUGCUGCUACUGUUGCUGGCUUUGGCUGGAGCUGUGGUCGGGGGGCUCCUUGGCUUGGCACACAGCCCUGCUGAGCCUAUACUGCAGGCUGUCCGAUGGACCCUCUUGAGUCCUCCUACCUCCUGGCCCAACCAGACUGCCACAGUGGACCCAGCCCAGGACACAGUGACCUAUGUGGUGACCCCACCUCAGAACAACCAUAGCUGGGCUGUGCUAUUUGACAGCCACAAUGGUUUUGUGUGUUAUCGCCCAGGGGAACAAAAGUCCUGCUUUCUGCGGAGCAUGGAGACCUGGGAGCGAGAAACCCUGCAGCUGGUCUUCAAUACCUCUCAGGCUGACUGGCCACUGGGUCCCAACAAAGAUACCAGAUAUACUCAAGAGUUUUUGGGGGUGCUAGGGGGGCAUGAAGUGGACCCUGCUCUAGUAGGAGGACCAGUUCAACACCUUUGUGACCAACUCCCCAUCUACUGGGUGCAAAGGGCCGAAGGUUCACGGAAACAGAGAUUAAUUUAUCUCUGCAUUGACAUUUGUUUUCCAAGCAACAUUUGUGUAUCUGUCUGCUUUUAUUACCUUCCAGAUUAGGAAUAAAUAGCCUCAGGACUAGGCACCUUGGGAAGUCCUCUCUGCCCUGCCCACCCCAGUCUGUCCCUGAUCAAUGCAGGAAUCAGGGACUAAAGCAGGAACAUAAUCCCCCCCCACAGAUCCAUGGGUGGGGGCAACUGGUCCUUAGUGCCAAGCCAGAGGGCUGUAGGCCAGGUUGGAAAAUUUCUCUACUGGAAAUGAGGGUUUCUCCAUUAACACGGGAGAUGCCAGGGAGAGCUUGGUUUUAAUCCUGAAUAAAAUGAUCACAAAUGGC